UUCCGCACACCGGAAGUAGAUUCGACGCUGAAGAGACGCUUGAGAAAAUGAACUCCUGAAUAGCUGUCAAGAUUAACAUUUACAAACAUCUACGAGGCAGAUACGGAACUGUUACUAGUUAAGGCUUCGACACAUUUAUUAAGUUGGAUCUGACAGCUGGUCGCAGUGAUGGAGGGUCAGGAUAAUGCAGAUCAGGGCAGCAGUGAUCAAUCUGAAAUACAACGCAGAAGACAGCUGGACCGUCUGGACAGAGAAGAGGCCUUCUACCAGUUUGUCAACAAUCUCAGCGAGGAAGACUAUCGGCUCAUGAGAGACAACAAUCUGCUCGGCACUCCUGGUGAAAUUACGGCAGAUGAACUGUUAAGCCGCCUUCGGCAGGUCAAGGAUGGCCCUGAGUCGCCCAGCAAUGGCUCCGCUGAGGAGAGAAGGGAAGGACCUGGCGCAACAGAGAUGGAGGGCACUGAGGAAAACCCCAGUGGGGAGACCCUUCUUGACUGGCUCAACACAGUACGACAGACGGGGAAUACAACAAGGAGUGGAUACCGGGGUAACCAGUCAUGGCGGGCCGUGAGCCAAACCAAUCCCAACAGUGGUGAUUUCCGUUUCAGCUUGGAGAUCAAUGUCAAUCGCAACAUAGCUGAGCAGCAAACGCAGACGGAACGGCUGGAAGGGGGCCAGGAAAGACCAGAUGGCCCUGUGUCUGAGCCGGAGAGUCUUAUGGAAACUGCAGAGGUGGUUGAGGAACCAGUGGUGGAUGAGUUGGCGGUUAUAGUAGAGCCAGAGCUACCAGUUCCCAGUACCCUGUCUCUAAACAGGGAAGUUGAUGCACCAAAUCCGCCAGCUCCAGCUCCAGCUCCAGCUCCCCCAACCUUGCCCCCAGUAGAGCAACCACGUCGGGGUCAAAUUAGGGCUCGAAGUAGAAGCCCAGAGCAGCGACGGACAAGGGCUCGCACCGCAAGGGGUCGCUCACCACUCAACCUCGAAAGAUUAGAUGGACUUCCGCCUACUCAGCACGGCCUGCCCUCUCGCAAUCCUGAGAUCCUUCCUGAGCCCCAGGUCGAGGGAAGCUCAAGGACUCGGCAGUUGUUUUUAUCUAGGCAGAGCACAGUGGAAACGGAACCUCAAGAAUCGGGAGCAGCCCCCGAGGUACCCGGAGCUCCACAGGAGAGAGAGGCGGCCGCUGGAGAAGCAGGAGCCUCGGGUCGCCGUCCUCCAACCAUAAUGCUGGAUUUGCAGGUACGCAGGGUGCGUCCCGGAGAGUACCGCCAGAGAGACAGCAUCGCUAACCGUACAAGGUCUCGUUCGCAGACCUCCAAUAACACUUUAUUGUUCGAGACAGAGCGUGGAGGUUUCCGCCGGACCUUCUCCCGUUCGGAGCGGGCAGGAGUGAGAACGUACGUCAGCACUAUCCGCAUUCCCAUUCGCAGGAUCUCGGACACUGGACUCGGGGAAGCAACUUCUUUGGCUCUGCAGUCUAUGAUUCGACAGAUCAUGACUGGCUUCGGGGAGCUUAGCUACUUUAUGGACUCGGACUAUCCGGAAUCGAACCGUGAAGACAGCCCGGCUGCAGAUCUUGCCGAUGGACUGGGUACCCCUGAUGCUGCCUCUGCCGGAACCGCAGCGAGUGAAGCGGAUUCCUACCUUCCUGGGAAUGGAGGCUCUAACCCAGUUGGUUUAGAGGCACGGACAGAGGAGAGGGAAGCGGAUGGUGGAAGUCCUGGUGCUGCCGGUCCUCGGGAGAACCGGGGCAGGCAGCGGGCUCCCAUUAGCCUGGACGAAACCGGGUCUCUUCCCUUUCUGCGGCUCGCGCACUUCUUCUUGCUCAACGAGGAAGACGACGACCAGCCCAGAGGUCUCACCAAAGAGCAGAUCGACAACCUGUCCAUGCGAAACUUUGGCGAGAGCGAUGCGCUCAAAACCUGCAGCGUCUGCAUCACAGAGUACGCCGAAGGCAACAAAUUACGGAAGCUGCCCUGCUCUCACGAGUACCACGUGCACUGUAUCGACCGCUGGCUUUCAGAGAACUCAACCUGCCCUAUUUGCCGCAGGGCGGUUCUGGUUUCCACCAACCGAGAGAGUGUCGUCUAGCCAGAGUCGGUUUUGUGGCACUUCGACAUCACUUCCUCUCUUCCCUUUACAUUUAUUACCUAGUCAUGUGAGAACUCUUACAGAGAUUUUUCCAUACAUCCUAUAUGAAGCCAUCAUUAAGUUUUAUCAGAUUUGCUGGUGCCAACAUUUAUUUUCCCAAACUACACGUCAGUGUAUUUUGUCCCAUCUUAAAAUGGAAUAAAUAUUGGUGCGAGAUACAGCCGAUGAAGACCAUGCUGAAAGCUCUGAUCAUUUACUUGUACUGAAUGUCAACAUUCAACAAAAUUAUAGGAUAAGGGGCAAUGUAGAGAUACCUUUGGGCGGUACAUACACUUUCAUAACUUUGAGUUGUACUUUCAAGCUAGUAUUCCAUAUCAGAUUAUAACGAAGUGUUUUAAUACAAGUUAAUAAUUUGGGCAUCAAGAAUGGCAUUAAAGAUCAAGAAAAGUGUAAUUUUGAUUGGAAACUGCAUUGAAACAGUGUCACACUGUGUUGCAUCUGCAAUGAUUUUGGCUUCGUACAGUGGUUGCGUGUUGGUAUGAAAGCGUAGUGUGUGUUGUACCAGUUGCACCAUUAUGACUAAAUGCAGAUAAACUGUAGUAAACUUCACACAGUAGUUCUGAGUGAAUUUGUCAUCCUGUAUAGCAUAGAUUUUGAUUUGGCAUUUCAAAGUGUUCAGUAAUGCUGGUUUUGACAACCAUAUGGCCAGACACUUUUUUUUUUUUUUUUUUUUUUUUUUUUUUUUAAUUUUUCCCCCACAAACAAGAAAAACAAACAAAAAAGGCUGUAAAUAUGCUCCGUGGACACAUCAGGUUGUAUUUUCGAUUUGUCUUCCCAAACGGCGAUGAUGCAUCAGUUGGCUGACUCAAACACACUUCAUAUAUCUUAAGAAAUAAACUUGGCUACAUAUAGGCGAUGUUGUGCAAUGCUAAUAAGGAAAAUGUAAAGGAUGUUUUGACAAAUUGACUUGUAUGUUGUAGUCUGUAAAUAUUAACAUUUAAAAUGAAGACUUAAAUGGAAGUUUUUCUAACCGUUCUGUACAUUGAGAAUAGCAUCAUUUAUCUUACUCUGAGGAGGAAAUUAUUUUUCUCAUUAUGUCAUGGUUGGUUCAUAUGGGAGUUGAGGUUCUUUAGUCCCAUGCUAGACAAACAAAUGCAGUGUUAUUUAGAAACAAUAGAUGAAAUAUCAGUUUUCAUUGUUUCUGUGUUGACUUGGGAUACUAACCCUAAGCAUAAUGUUCUCCACCACGAGUUACAUCAACAUUUCAUGUAUUGCAAGCGAAGCCAACCAUUGUUAAAAUGCAUAUUCCUAUGUUCAGAGGUCAUGUAUUAUAAGAGCGAGUUACUUGAUAGAAUUUCUUAAUUUGUCUGCAUCAUAUUUAUAGGUUAUAUUUUGAGUCAUCUUUUGACUAGCUUCCAGUUUGCUGUGUUUAAAAUGAAUAAAAUGAUUUCCUCACUUGACCGUUUCUCUGUGGCCUCGCCAUCAUGUUUAGUGCUGCUGUGGAAUAAAGGAGCUUACCGUGAAUCACA